AUGUGUUGUCUUGGUUUGUGUGGGGACGUAGCAAUAGGAAGAUUCUGGUGUAAAGGAGGUGUAGAGAGAGACUCAGUUACAGUUGUCAAGAGUGAAGCCGUGAACAGAGCUUUAGAUUAUUCUCAUAAGAUCAUAAGGGAGCUGGAGAAGUCCUUGGGUGAAGCCCAUGAAGGUUUGAAGAAUGCUCAAGAUGAUCUGAGCGGGGUGCAGUCUAAGAAUAUUCACUUUUCUAAAGAAUAUGUGAAGAUCGUGGAGUUUAGUUACUCUAUUAUGAAAAUGGCUUUCGAGAAUUCCCAUAAGCAAGUGGUAUUUUUCCAACUUGAGAUGUGA